AUGUCCUUUUUGAGGUUUGCACCAGGGAUUGCUAAUGAUAAGAAAGGAAAGAUAGAGAAGUUUGUUGAUGGCCUUCAUCUUACUAUCAGGCCAAUUGUGGCUACCUCAGAACUGAUAGAGUAUGCAAAAGCAGUGCGAAAGGCCUUAGUGGUUGAAGCUGAAAGUAAAGACAGCAAAGCUAUCAGGGGGUCCUAUAAGCACAACAGAGGCAUGAGUGCCAUCUCCGAGGGUCAAUCACAUAAGAAACAGAAGAAUGAACAGUCAGGGUUCAGGGGACAACAGUCAGCUAGAUCCGCACCCACAACUUCAAUGUCUAUGGGAUCUUUUAGGUCAGAUGUGUGUUUCAAGUGCAAGCAACCCGGGCAUUACAAGGCACAGUGUCUACAUAUUUAUAUGGCGUCGGGACGAUGUUUUGGGUGUAGUCAGCAGGGCCACAAGGUGAGAAAUUGUCCACAGCGAGGCAUUGGUUCAGGCAGGGGUGGAGGUUCACAGCAAAGGCAGACACAGUCUGCCACAGGUCGUGUGUUUGUAGUCACUCCAGCUGAUCCAUCUUCCAGUCCUUCAGUGGUCAGGGGUAUAUUUCUUAUGUCCCAUUAUUGGGCACGAGUGUUGUUUGAUUCUGGUGCUUCCUAUGCAUUCAUUACUUCAUCAUUUGCACGGGCAUUGGGGUUAGAGGUCAGUCAGUUAGACAGACCACUUUAUGUUGACACGCUUGUUGAGGGUUCAGUUGCUCUUAGUAGAGUUUUUUGGAGUUGUUCCAUCACGAUUGCCGGACGUGUGCUUGAGUUAAAUCUCAUCCUUCUCGAGAUGACAGGGUUUGACGUCAUUCUUGGUAUGGACUGGUUGUCUUCCUUCAGAGCUGUUAUUGACUGUUUCAGGGGUAGAGUGUCAAUUUGUACCCUGGAUGGGGAUUGCUUCUGUUUUGUGGGGGAUUGUGUGAUUCUCUUUAGAGGUCGGGAUCAACAAGAGUUCUUCUUGGCUAGCCUUUUCGCCGAUGAUGAUGUUGAGUUUUAUGGGGUUGAUUAUCCAGAAGUUGUACGUGAUUUUCUGGAUGUGUUUCCAGAGGACUUGACAGAGUUGCCUCUACACAGAGAGGUAGAGUUUGCUAUUGAUUUGAUGCUGGGUACUGUGCCAAUCUCUAUGGCACUGUAUCGUAUGGCACCGAUUGAAUUGGAAGAAUUGAAAAAGUAA